AUGCCUAGCUCUCUCAACGUCGCCAAGGGCUCCGCUAAUGGGCUUAUCGGUUUCGCAAAUGAAGGCUGGUGGGGAAUAGAAGUGAAGCCACAAAAAUACGCGGGUUCUUUCUAUGUCCAGGGGGACUAUGACGGAGACUUCGUGGUUUCUCUUCAGUCGAAAAUUACGCACGAAACAUUUGCAACGGCAAAAAUCAAGUCCUCGGGCAAUCACAAGGACUGGGUUCAAUACAAGUACGAGUUGCUACCUAAAAAGUCAGCAUCAAACACCAAUAACACUCUAGCAAUUACUUUCGACUCAAAGGGACUGAAACACGGGUCCUUGAAUUUCAACUUAAUCAGCCUGUUUCCUCCAACGUACAACAAUCGGCCCAAUGGCCUCAGAAUCGACCUAGUUGAAGCUAUGGCUGAACUGGAGGGGAAAUUCUUGCGAUUUCCCGGCGGUAGCGAUGUGGAAGGUGUACAAGCUCCUUAUUGGUAUAAAUGGAAUGAAACUGUGGGAGAUCUCAAGGACCGCUACAGUAGACCCAGUGCAUGGACAUAUGAAGAAAGCAACGGCAUUGGCUUGAUUGAGUACAUGAAUUGGUGUGAUGACCUGGGACUCGAACCGAUUCUCGCCGUAUGGGACGGACAUUACCUUUCCGACGAAGUGAUAUCAGAAAGUGAUUUGCAGCCAUAUAUUGAUGACACCCUCAAUCAACUGGAAUUUUUGACGGGUUCCCCAGACACGCCAUUUGGUAGUUGGCGUGCUUCCCUUGGCUACCCAAAACCGUGGAAGAUUAAUUAUGUCGAGAUUGGAAACGAAGACAAUCUAUAUGGGGGCCUAGAAACGUACAUCGCCUACCGUUUUCAGGCAUACUACGACGCUAUAAAAGCUAAGUAUCCCGAUAUAACGGUCAUGGAGUCUUUGACAGGAAUGCCUGGUCCGGCUGCUGCUGCAACCGAUUACCAUCAAUAUACUACUCCCGAUGGGUUCGUUUCUCAGUUCAACUACUUUGACCAGAUGCCAGCCUCUAACAGGACCCUUAACGGGGAGGUUGCUACUGUUUAUCCAAAUAAUCCUAGUAAUUCGGUAGCUUGGGGAAGCCCGUUCCCGCUGUAUCCUUGGUGGAUUGGAUCCGUUGGAGAAGCUGUUUUCCUAAUUGGUGAAGAGAGGAACUCGCCAAAGAUAAUUGGUGCCAGCUACGCUCCAAUGUUCAGAAAUAUAGACAAUUGGCAGUGGUCUCCAACACUCAUCGCGUUUGACGCAGACUCGUCGCAUACAAGCCGUUCAACAAGUUGGCAUGUGAUCAAGCUUCUCUCAACGAACAAGAUCACACACAAUUUACCAACGACUUGGAAUGACGGGGAUAUAGGUCCCUUGUACUGGGUGGCGGGACGAAAUGAUCAAACAGGAUCAAACAUAUUUAAGGCAGCUGUAUACAACAGUACCUCGGACGUUCCUGUCACGGUUCAUUUCGCAGGAUCUAAAGCAAAGAUCGCCAAUUUGACCAUACUGUCAUCUGACGAUCCAAAUGCAUCAAACUUCCCUGGUGGCCCGGAAGUUGUAAAGACUGAUGUUCACCCUGUCACUGCAAAUGCUCAGGGAGCGUUCGAGUUCAGUCUUCCAAGCUUAAGUGUGGCCGUACUCAAGACAUAA